AUGAUUAAGUUGUCCCGGUUACUGGGCCAUGAGAGAGUAACAUGCGUAGCACACUGUUUACACAACUUACUCAUAACAGACACUCUUACCAAAAUCCCUGAAGCACAAACCUUAAUUUCCCAAUGCAAAGAUAUUGUCAGUGCACUGCACUUCAAGGCACAUCUAAUAGAGGAAUUUGUGUUGGAGCAGAAAGAGGCAGACAUAUUUGCCAAGAUUCAGGACCUGCAGGAUGAAAUUGAUGCAGAUUCCAAUGAUCCUAUUGAUGAAAUGGAUGAUGCAGAGGAUUGGCAGCUGGGAACUAAGAAAUCAAAACAGGGCUCACAGACACACAAAACACUGAAGACCACAGUGCCAACACGUUGGAACAGUAUCCUCAACAUGAUCAGAAGCUUAGUCAGUAUGGAGACAGAAGUCACUGAAAUCCUGAAGAGGAUAGGAAAACCCUUACUAGGUGAGGGAAAACAGGGAGAAACAGGGAAAGAAAAGAGUCAGGCUUAUAAGAAUAUCUAUCACUUAGUUAGCUUUUUGGAAGACUUUGAGAAAUUCACUCUCAUAAUAAGUGAAGUCAGUCCAAACCUGAGUGCCAUACCACUAAUCAGGGCUCGAAUCAAGAAAAUCUGUGCAGUGGCUCCCAGAGAUUCACUACUGAUGAAGAGAGUCAAAGAACGAAUAGUGAAAAACAUGGACAAACGAAUCCCCAUGUCAGAUCUGGUUAGAGCCACCGCAGUGUUUGAUCCAGCUGUCAGAGAUAUCACUAUGAUGAAAGAUGAAAGCAGAGAGCUGCUGCAGAAUCUCCAUGAGAAACUGAACUCCUCCAGAUUCAGUUCAACAGUGUUUGGGGUUGGAGAUGAGAGGACAACUACUGAUGGUGGUUCUGGAGGUCCUUCUGGUGGGAAUGGUGACCACGAUGGAGAUGUGGGAGGAAGUGCGAAAUGCCUGCGACUAGAAUUAUUAGCAGAGGCACAAGAAGAUGCAGAAGCUCAUUCUUCAAGUUCUAUCCUUGACCAAGAGAUAGAUGCUUUUCUGGCAGUGAGAACAAGAGACCAAGGAGCAUUGGACUUUUGGCGAACCCAUAGCAAUACUUUCCCCACACUGUCCGCUAUGGCCCGGUGCUACCUCUCCAUUUCACCAGGUAGUGUGCCGGUGGAAUGCAUGUUUAGUUCCACUGGCCUACUGCUCAAUGGCAAACGAUCAUCACUUGCUCCUUCAAGGUGUAAUAUGAUAAGCUUCAUCCAUGAUAAUGCCAAGUUAUUGUAUACAACUUAGCCUACAUACAUUUAGCCUAAACACAACACAUUGUAGGCUAUUUGAAAAUGUUUAGUAGCAUAC